GCGGGGCUCGAUCCCAGGACUCUGAGACCAUGACCUGAGCUGAAGGCAGAUGCUUAACCGAAUGAGCCACCCAGGCACCCUAUAGUUAACCCUUUAAUCUACGUGGAAUUAUUUUUGGUGUAUGGUGUGCAACAGGGUUCUAAACUUAUUCUCGCCUCCCCCCAACCCCCACGGCAUAUUUUCCGAGUGCUAUGUUGCUGCCUCUCCCUUCUAUGUAUUCUCUCUCCUCUGGGUGGGCCACACCCUCCUUGGUGGCAGCAAGAGUAAAAGGAAGAUAAUUGAGGAGGCUAAGUGACCCCUGCCAGUACCACACCUGGAUUAUGAGCACUGUUUUCUACUCCUGGGGUUUUCUCCUAAAUAGUGAAGGAGAUCAGAAGGACGAGGGGAGGCAGGAACAUCUGCUUUCUUUACAUUGAGAACAACCACAUCAGCCGGGAGAUGACAGGUCUUCAGGCCCCAAGAAGCCCCCCAAACUGCAGAUUUACUGUGAGUUUGCUGAUUUACAAAACAGGUCUAUCCCUUUCUGCUUUUUGCUCUUUGCCCAUUGUAUAAAUCACCUCCCCAAUCCCUCCCCAAACCAAGAGAGGAACUAGUUGGAUGAGUUGGUCUGCCUCUAAUUACUGCUUAUUGAAUUUGAUUGUGGAUUUUAAUAUCAUUAACACGAGGAGGGGGCAAACAGGGGCAAUGCCUGCAGAGUGAGGCUUCAGCUCACCCUCUGCCAUCUGUGUUCUUGGCUUAUCUCAUCCUGUGGUUUGAAGAAUGUAAAGGCUCAGCAGGGACUCCUUAUCUUGUCUGUUUCUCCCUGUCCCCCCUGGAUAUACCUCUCUAAUGAAAGUAUUUGGGUAGCAUGUUUCACUGUAUAUCUGAUUAUCUUUGUUUUGCUUAUGUAAGCCUAAAUGAAAACUUAGAUUAUCACAUCCCACUUCCUUCAAAUCUCAAUAGACGUCACUGCAUGGUUUUCUUGGGUUUAUGGCUUUGGGAAAGUAUGAAGGCACAUUAUUUUCCUAAAUGCUUGCGGCAGCUCUGCCCCCAUGGAAUUUAUGGUCCAAUGGAGAAAAAAAAUAAAUUAUUUGUGAUUAUGAAUGCAAUAUGCUGUGAAUUUAAUCUUAUUUUUCGUAUUCUGUCAUUUUCAUGAGAUUUGGGGAGGAGAAAAGAUAAACACAGGAGCUCAGUCCACCACUGGGAAAUGGAAGUCACACAUUCUCCUCUAGUGUCAGAAAAGGGGGGGGGGAAGGAUAAGUACCCAGGAGGAAGAAUUCACACUAGGGUCUUGGCUCCUCUCAAACUAACCCUGAGCUAAGACUUCUGGCUAGAAAAUCCUCCUGUUGGCUUUCACAACUCAACAGCUAUGGUUUCAAGACAGAUGGAUGCCUUCUCAAAUGGCUCCACCCCCUAGGUAUGCAGAGAGGUCUCUCUCCUUUGUAGAUGCUUCUGGUGACUGACUGAAAGUUGUUGAGUCCACAGUGCCGUGAACUCUGAAUCUGAUUUGUUUGGGGAUAAACCUGUCUGAAGCAGGGAAUCCCACCACUUUAUUUCUUUUCGGUCCUUUAAUCCUAAUGCUGGGGCUGUACUCAUAACACUUCAUAAAUUUAUGGCCGCUGAGAAACAUCGUCUCCCCAUCUGCCAAUAGUUUCCAAAACUCAUUUUUCACGGAGGCUUUUCUUAGCAGAGCUCUUCACUGUACUCUCUAACGACGUAUCACGGUGCACAUUCAUCCAGGUACUGCUGUGGGUUUGGCUGAUGAGACUGAGAUUUCCCUGAGCCUCCGAUUCCUCAUGUGGAAGAACUGAGUUAACAGCAUCUCUCAAGGCUCCGCUGUGAGAAUCAAAUGGAAUAAUGCACACGCACCUGCCAAGCCCACCGGUCUUUGUUCCGCCCCUGGCUACACUCUCACAGAGCCACUCACUGGUGAUUAAAAGGAGGGACCGGCGGCGGGGCGGGGCCAUUGCCUUCACCCCGGGGGGCUGCGCUCUAAGCGCCGCCGGCCGAGGACCCCACCCCCGCCCCCCACGCCGCACCCGACGCCGCGGAGACGUCAGCGCCGCGCAGCCCGGGCUGCGGGCCGAGCCUCGGCUGCUGCUGCGCACCGACGGGCGGGCGGACGGCGGCGGCGGCGGCGACCGCAGGACCCGCGGAGAGACGCGCGGGGCCCGGGAACCGCAGACCCGCAGCCUCCCGCCCCAGCGCCAUGGACGGCCCCGACAACGCGACGCUGCUCCUCGCCCCGUCCUCGCUGCAGCCGGACAGCUCCUCGCUGUCGCCCAGUGCCAGCAGCCUGCGCCCCGGCUCGGACCUGCCCGUCGCCCCCAGCUCCAGCGCCGGCCCCGGGCUCAGUCUCGCGCCCAGUCCCGGCGUCGGUUUCAGCCCCGGCCCCACGCCCACCUCGGAGCCGGCGGCGGGCGGCGCGGCCAGCCUGGGCCCGUCCCUGCUCCCCCACCCCUGGGCGCACCCCCAGACCCCGUUCUGGGACACGCCGCUGAGCCACGGGCUGAACGUGUUCGUGGGCGCCGCCCUGUGCAUCACCAUGCUGGGCCUGGGCUGCACGGUGGACGUGAACCGCUUCGGGGAGCACGUCCGCCGGCCCGUGGGCGCGCUGCUGGCCGCGCUCUGCCAGUUCGGCUUGCUGCCGCUGCUGGCCUUCCUGCUGGCCCUGGCCUUCUCGCUGAACGAGGUGGCCGCCGUGGCCGUGCUCCUGUGUGGCUGCUGUCCCGGCGGGAAUCUCUCCAACCUCAUGUCCCUGCUGGUGGACGGCGACAUGAACCUCAGCAUCAUCAUGACCAUCUCCUCUACACUUCUGGCCCUAAUCUUGAUGCCCCUGUGCCUGUGGAUCUAUAGCCGCGCUUGGAUCAACACCCCCCUGGUGCAAUUACUACCGCUGGGGGCGGUGACCCUGACUCUCUGCAGCACUCUCAUCCCUAUUGGCUUGGGGGUCUUCAUUCGGUAUAAAUACAACCGGGUGGCGGACUACAUUGUGAAGGUUUCCCUGUGGUCUCUGCUAGUGACGCUGGUGGUCCUUUUCAUAAUGACUGGCACUAUGUUAGGACCUGAACUGCUGUUGAGUAUUCCUGCAAGUGUUUACAUGAUAGCAAUUUUUAUGCCUUUGGCAGGCUAUGCCUCAGGCUACGGCUUAGCUACUCUCUUCCAUCUUCCAGACAACUGCAAGAGGACCGUAUGCCUGGAAACGGGUAGUCAGAAUGUGCAGCUCUGUACUGCUAUUCUGAAACUGGCCUUCCCACCGCAGCUCAUCGGAAGUAUGUACAUGUUUCCCUUGCUUUAUGCCCUUUUCCAGUCUGCAGAAGCAGGGCUUUUGGUUUUAAUAUAUAAAGUGUAUGGAAGGAAAAUACCACACAAGCGAGAUCCUCUAGAUGAAGAUGAAGAUACAGAUAUUUCUUACAAGAAACUAAAAGAAGAGGAAAUGGCAGACACUUCCUAUGGCACAGUGAAAGCUGAUAAUUUAAUUAUGAUGGAAACCACUCAGACUUCUCUCUGAACGUGAAGAUACAGAGGCGCUUCCAUCUUGCUGAAAUAUUACUUCAUCUUUAUGGUCUGUGGUAGUGAAUAUGGUUUACAUAAAGGAUAACAAAUGGUUCACAUUAUCAUACGUGUCACAAUUAUGAUCUUCCCAUUGUAAGGUUGCAUUGGUGUAUUAACCAAGUCUUUUCCCAAAUUACAAAUCGGUGUCAUAAUAUAACUUGCACCUGGGACUGCUAGAGUAAAGCCAGAACAUGUUAAAUGUGCUCUUUGGUUUUUACCAUUACCAAUUUCUAUGUUUCAAAUAUGUAAACUCCUAGAAAACAGGGUCUUGGAAAUGUAGAAUUCUGGUGCACUAUCUUAUAUGAGUAAAAACAAGCUAUUUUUUUUUGUAAAGCAUAAUUUGAAAGCAAUUUGUAAAGCAUAAUUGAGUUUAAUGUAAUUGUAAAAAAACCAAGUGCUUGCUCAACUUAGGAAUACCAGACAGUGUUGAAUUUUGAGCUGUAUUAAAAAAAAAAAAACCCAAAACAGGUCAACUAAGCAAUGAAAUACAGUAUUUUAUUGUCAAACCUGUAUCAAGUCAACACAAAAAGUACAUUAAUGUGUAUCUGAUAUCGAUUAAUAAUGGACAACUAACAUUCUUCCAGGGAACAAGGCAUUUUCUUCUCAGUUGGGGACUGAUUUGGUUUCUGCAUUUAUGUCGACACAUCGCCAAUCAGUUAUCUUUUGGAGGGAUAAUUUGGUUAGGAGAAUUUUAGUACUCUCCACCCCAAAAGACAUCAAUACCUCGUGGUACUCGCU